UGGGUGCCGCCAGCGGCCGCCGCAGUACCGCACUUCUCACACAUAAGGUUACACGUUCCCUCCUCUCUCUCCCACCCUCUCCUCUCUCUCUCUCUCCCCCUCGCUCACCACAUUCGACUCACGGGUCCCGGUGUAUUGUAUUAAUGGGCAAACUGUGAUAAAUCUUCUCUCCCGGGACCUGAACUUGAAGCAAUUUAUCGGAAAAGGAUAUAAAAACAAAAAUGUCGGAGUGUGUGAGUGGUGGCGGGGUUGCCGAUGCUGCCGCCGGCGGCGGCGGGGGAGCACAGGCUGACAGUUUGGUCAGACAAAGAACAGUACCUGACACUUGUGACCAGAACUGCUCACCAAUGUACAAUGGAGUGGUGGUCUCGGGUGAGAAGGGAAGGAGCCAGUGUUCCCUUCACCUGUGGUCCAAGAAAGCUCUCCUCAACCGAAAGGACAUACCCAAACACUUGCAGUUCAACCCGUAUAUUGAGACAGGUUAUAGGCCUCUCCUGUCAGCCUGGGGAUGUCUCAUGAGCCUAUUUUACUUCCACAACGAGACUAUCAACAUCAUCACUCACGGAGUGCCCAUGCUGUACAUCCUGGUGUGGUGGCGGACACUGCUACCCUGGGGUGAUAUCACUGUGCCGCUGCUGCCCUGGACCCACCUGGUCUCCACUGUCAGCCCCUGGGUAGGCUCCACCAUCUACCACCUCUUCAUGAACCACCGCUCAGGAGAGCUCUGCUACAAGUCUCUCCUCCACCUUGACAUGUUUGGCAUCUGGAUCACUCAAAGCUUCGGAGCACUAACGACAGUGUACGCCUCUGUGUCGUGCCUCAGCACUGCUUGGAUAUGGAGAGUGCUGGCCAUCUACUGCUUCGUCUCCCUCUGGUGUUUAUACAAGGCCUCCCAUGCACGCAACCCCUGGGAACGCCGCUUCUGCUUCACGCUGCCUUUCCUCAUGCGCGCUGCCUCCGCAACCCUGAGGGUCACCCCCUGGGGCGGCGGCAACCCGGACGCCUUCAGGCACAUCAUUCUCCAGGAUUUGUUGGCAGUGCUUGGUGGAUUUGUAGGAGCUCUCCGUGUACCUGAAAAAUGGGUACCUGGCCGCUUGGAUCUACUAGCUAACUCUCACCACAUUAUGCAUGUGGUGGUGGUGUACGCAGUUUAUACUAAUAUAAUUCCCUUAUAUCAACAGGAUUUGUUGGCAGUGCUUGGUGGAUUUGUAGGAGCUCUCCGUGUACCUGAAAAAUGGGUACCUGGCCGCUUGGAUCUACUAGCUAACUCUCACCACAUUAUGCAUGUGGUGGUGGUGUACGCAGUUUACCACCUUCACCAAGGAGCUGUGCUUGACUUAGUGUGGUUGUCAGGCAAAACCUCCUGUCCACUUGCUGAUGCCCAGAGUAUUCUGUAAAGAUUGUGUGGUGUUUUAUCAAAAUAUCAACCUGCACUCAUCUGCCAUAACACCUUCAUGCCAACACUUUCUUAGAUUUGUUACAAAUGGUUGUCAGUGACAGUACAGAAAAUUUUAACAUUUAGUUUAUAUUUUAAACAAAAUGGUGAUAAUCUGUAACACAUUCUAAUGUACAUAUUGGUCCUUCGUUAUACUCAGUAUACGUAUUUGUAUUGUUUAUUGAAAAUUUACCUACUGUAUUUAAUUUAUAUAUUUUGAGUUACAAUGUUAGACAAAGGUACCUAAGUAUUGUCUAGGCUUUUAGAUAAUGCAGGCUAUAGUUUGUAACAAUUUACCUAGAUGCAUAGGCUACAUCUAUAUUAUGUUAGGAAAGUCUAUUAUUUGAAAAAAAUAUUUAAGAUUUUAUUUUUUAGAAUAUUAGAAGUUUAGAACAAUAAUUUGUUUUUAAAUAUUAAUUGAGCACUUGUACUGUUAGUGGCUUACUAUAUCAUUAUUUCCAUUAAUUACAGCUUCACAAUUUUGUCAUAACUAUGUUAGUCCAAAAGUGUUUAGCAUAAGAAUCCACAAACCCAUAUAGUCACUAGCCCUUAAAGAAUCAUUCCUUAGGUCAACAUAAAAUGUACAUUUGCAUAGCAAUUUAUCCAGGCAGCUCAUGAGAUAUCAGAAAUGUAUUUAUUAAUAUAUUGUUCAAGAAAUGUAUGGCUGCCAAAACCAUUGCCUGGCUGGAUAUAUUGCUGCUGCACAAUUAUAGGUACCUCACUAGAAUAACUAGAAAGCAUUUUUGGGUCUCUCAUGCUUUUAGCAAAGAUGUUAUGUAGGAAGAUGCAUCACUCGGCAAUUCAUGUGCGUAAUCUGUAUACCAUUCUGCCAUCUAGCAGCAGGUGGAAUAAAAUUACAUUAAUUUUCAGUAAUUUUUAAGGUUACAGGAGAAAAAGAAAAGACAUGUCUUUGGAAAGAAUUGUGGCAGUGAUACAAGUAAAGCUUAAAAUAUAUGAAUGAGUGAUAAAAUAUUGCUGCAAUGAAAAUUGCUUUCAAAACUUAGUGUGUUUAGGUUCAAGGAUAAUGCAGUAUACUGUGAAGGUCAAUAAACCACAAUCCAUUGAGACAAAAUCAAGGAUAAUGAUCAACGUAAAUUCUAAAGCAGUUAUACACAGAGAUAUGCACAUCUACUUAUCUAUAUCCUACUGCAGUAAAAGGAGUCAAUAAGGAGAGGAAAAUUUAUUGUAGUACACUGUCACUUCUAUGUGGAAAGCUCAUCACAGUAAGCUUGUUUGCUAUUAUAAACAAUAAGGUUACAUUUUCUAUAAAAAAAAUCCAGUGCCCUACCUGUACUGUUUUUUUUUUUUUUUAAACGUCAUAAUGUAGGCCAAUUCCAAGCGAGGCACAUAGAAUGGACUUGAGGCAGAAUUUAUAAAUAAUCCUACCUUCUUUUCCAUAGUACAAUGGGGAUUUCUUAUUCCAAAGCAAAAUGAAAUGAUUAAUAAUGUUUACAAAUGUUCCCCUUUUUAGUUGCAGUACAAAAUUUAAUGCAUCACAUAAGUAUGGCUACCUUGAAUCUAUAAGGUACAAGGUUAGAGCAAGAACUGCAUUUACCUAAUUAACUUGUAAGUGAAUACAAGUGGCUGGGCUGGUAGGAUCUGGUGUAGCUACACCACCUGCAAAAAUAGUUAUGCCCCAUGAAUAAAUUUCCCUAAGUGAUUAUCAUUAUUUGGUACUUAAUUUGAGGUGCAGAAGUGUCUCAGUGUUGUUAAUGAUGCUACUAAUGUCCUUUAUGUAGAUGAGACACAAUGGUCUUACUUGGAAAAGAUUAGUAUUUAUAUAAAAAAAAAAAAAAAAAAAAAAAAAACAUUCAAAUGAAAUCUUGUUUAAAGUUGCUAACCAAAAAUGUAUUAGCCCCACAUGUUCUGUAAUAGAAAUUAUUAAAGUAAAACUAAAAAUAAAUUGCUAAACCUGCAUGGGUUAUUAAGUAUUAAACAAAUAAACUUCAUAAAGUUGGGGUAUAUAAG